UGUAUGUUGCUUACGAAGGCUGUUGCCGCAGCAAACCAAUUUAUCGCUUUAUGCCAGCAGCUUUCUUGAGGCAGAGCACUGGACGUCACGGGACUUUGUGCUUUAUUGUUAACUUUAUGAGGCUGGAGUUGGUUCCUUGUUCAGCACGCAUGAGGGAGCAGGCUGAAUAUGGAACUGACGUUUGCACACUUCUGCGCUUUGCGAUAAGUUGUCGGCAGCCGCGUUUCACUUCCAGCGUCACCCCGAGAGACUGCCAGCUAUAAGUAGUGCCAGCUUAGCAUUCUCUCCCAUCCAUUUUUUGCAUUGGCUGCCGUUAUGUUCAUGAAACCGAGAGACGGUGAAAUUCAAGGCUAAAAGACGGGGUAGUUUGUCACAGUUGUCUGUUCACCAGUCGAUGCCAUAAAUUAUUCUAAUUUAAAUAUCGACCCACAAGUGCUUAAAGUCCUCCCUCUCUUUGGAAGCAAAGGAAAGCAAAAGCAGCAACCACCUGGUGCGAUUUUCAAAAGGGGCUCUUUGGCAUGGUAGUGCAUCAGUUUUUAUUAGUUCUUGUUACAGUGGCCAUUUUCUGCUCUUCUCUUUGACCCCGCUUAUACUUUGCAGUAAAGCUAUAAGUCUGUGUGCUCCCUGUGAACAGGAUGAUUCCCAGAGUCUCAUUCUUGCUGCUCUCAAUCCUACUGGGAAUUCUGGGGAUCUUGUGUGUGGUGUUCACAGUCUACUGGACCCAACACUGGCUUGGUGGCUUUGCCUGGGAUGGUUCUUCUCAGAUGUUUAACUGGCAUCCAGUUUUCAUGGUGACAGGCAUGUUGGUCUUGACUGGUGCAGCGGUGCUAGUGUAUCGCGUGCCCCUCUCUUGGUCAGGGCCCAAGCUGCCAUGGAAGCUGCUGCAUGCAGGACUGACCUUGGCAGCAUUCAUCCUAAUUGUCCUGGGACUGGUGGCCGUCUUUGAAUAUCACAACAAACAGGGCAUUGCCAACAUGUACUCCCUCCACAGCUGGCUAGGGCUUGCUGCUGUGCUGCUCUUCUCCUGUCAGUGGGCCAUGGGCUUUGCUUCUUUCUUGCUGCCUUGGGCUCCCACCUGGUUCCGAGCCUUGUACAAGCCCAUCCAUGUCUUCUUUGGCUCUGCCAUCAUCCCUUUAGUUGUGGCCGCCUGCAUCUCGGGCAUCAAUGAGAAGCUUUUCUUCAAACUAACAAACACAAGCACACCCUACGCUCAGCUUCCUGCAGAGGCAUGGUUUGCCAACAUAUUGGGGAUGCUGAUCCUGGUCUUUGGGCUACUGGUGCUGUUUGCCCUUGCCAUGCCAGUAUGGAAGCGUCCAGAUGUGAAUUCGCAAGAUACCCAAGAGCCCUUGCUACAGGAGGAUAAAUGAAGCAGCAAACAGGAAGGAUUGUGAUCCAGACCUGUGUGGUGGCCUGUUCUCCACUGAGAUCUUCAGCCGUUCUUGCUUCUGUUUUCAGUGCAAGAGUUGAAACUUUAAUUGUGGCACUGAAUUGUCUGGCCUUCUGGGUACUUUAUUAAUUCCCCCCACCCCAUCCCACCCCCGGCUUCCUCUUGCUGAGUUGUUGAGCUGCUGGAAAUCCAGGUAUCUCUGAACAAUUCAUUUCUUAGUUGCUAUUGUGCCAUUAUGACAAGUUCCCAGAUUUUUGUACUUCAUGGACUUAUUAGAAACCUAAAUUAUCAGAUAAAAUAAAUGAUUCCUUCUUAUUGUU